CUUCCGCCACCACCGCCACCACCACCGCCACUACCACUACCACCACCACACCAGACCUCUCUUUCCUAAUCCACCACAAUCAACAAACCCAACACCUCCAACCCCUCCUCCACUACACCACCACUACCCACCACCAUCCCAUCACUACAACCGCCACCAACUACCACCCCAGCAUCAUUAUACAGCUCAAUCCUUCCCCAACACUGCCCCCAGAGUUCCCACUAUUCAAAUUCGCCCACAAUUACCCACUAACAAACACCAUCCUCAUGACCCACCACCGCCGCCGCCACAGGGAAUUCUUUACCCAGUUGCUUCUUCGGGCCGAGGAUUUCUUCCAAAACCCAUUCGGCCCGCCGAGCCGACGGUCACGAUUGCCAAUCCCGGUGGAUACCCGACUCGCCCCAUGGUUUCGUACCCUCAGCCUCACUCAGUGCGGCCAGUUGGGCUUAAUUAUUCGGAGCCGGGUCAGGGUCAGGCUGUGCACUUGAUUAGGCCGAACCAGUUCCACCACCCUCUUCUUGGGUCUACUGGUGGGGUGAUGCCUGGUGUGAUCAAGGGGGUUCCGGUUUCUACGCACCCCAAGGUUGCUCUUUCUCCAUCUGUGGCUUCUGAUUGCAAUGGCUACAAAGAUUUACGGGAUAGAAUUAGGGAUGAUACUCUUGCAACCGUCAGAGAUAGAAAGGUCAGAAUAACUGAUGGUGCUUCUCUUUAUGCCCUCUGCCGAUCAUGGUUGAGGAAUGGCUUGUCUGUGGAAAGUCAGCCACAGAACAUGGAUGGUGUGAGGUCUCUUCCUAGACCUUUACCCAUACCUGUGCGAGAAGCACAUUCGCCAGCAAGAAAGGAAAGUGAUAAAGAAGAGGAGCAAGAGGAUGAGGUAUCUGUCGAGCAUUUAUCUUCUCAAGAGCUGUUGCGAAGACAUAUCAAGCGUGCUAAAAAAGUUCGGACACAAUUAAGAGAAGAAAGGCUGCAGAGAAUUGAAAGGUACAAAACUAGGCUUGCUCUUCUCCUUCCCCCAAUUGGAGAUCAGCAGUUGAGAAAUGAGGCGGCGGCUGGAAACUGA